CGGCGGCACGCAGCGGCAGUCCGGUCACAGGCUGCAGCGCGUCGGCAUCUCCAGCAGCUCCGCUCCGCGUGUUCCCGGUGGUUCCCGGUCGGAUUCAUUCACAGCUCUUCACCUCUUUUCCAGUCUGUCCAUCCAGCUGUUUUCAUUCCCUCCUUCCAUCCAUCCGGGGAUCUGCGUGCGGGAAGAUCAUCUUUUUAAAUCACUUGUUUGGUUUGUUUUGUUUUUGAAUCCCUCUCCGUCUCAUCCACCGGGAGAUCCGUCUGCAUUCAGCGGCCGCGGAUGCUGAGAGGAUGGCCGGCUGACCUCGGGGAUCACUGACCGGUCCGCUGAUCUUCGCCGCCAUGGCCAAAAGCCCGGAGGUGAAGCUGGCCGUCUUCGGCAGAGCGGGGGUGGGGAAGUCAGCUUUGGUGGUGAGAUUUCUGACCCGGCGCUUCAUCUGGGAGUACGACCCGACACUCGAAUCAACGUACCGUCACCAGGCCAACAUCGACGAUGAGGUCGUCACCAUGGAGAUCCUGGACACUGCCGGGCAGGAGGACGUCCAGCAGAAGGAGGGUCACGUGCGUUGGGGCGACGGCUUCGUCAUCGUGUACGACAUCACCGACCGGGGAAGCUUCGAGGAGGUGGCGCCGCUGCGAAGUCUCCUCGAGGACGUGAAGAGGCCGAAAAACGUGCCCCUGGUCCUGGUGGGCAACAAGUCCGACCUGGACCACGUCCGGCAGGUGGGCACGGAGGAAGGCGAGCGGCUGGCCGCCGAGAUGGCGUGCGCCUUCUACGAAUGCUCGGCGUGCGCCAACGAGGGCGGCACGGUGGCCGAGGCGUUCCACGAGCUGUGCCGCGAGGUGAGGCGCCGCAAGGCCGUGCAGGGCAAGGCCCGACGCCGCAGCUCCACCACGCACGUCAAACAGGCCAUCAACAAGAUGCUGACCAAGAUCAGCAGCUAAGGGGGAGGAGCCGCUGGGGGGGGGGGGGGGGGGCGCCGCCGGAAAGUUCCAAAGCGACCGCUGAAUGGACGAAAAUGUGACCGAUGUUGUGUGGAAUGUGUUCGUUACUUUACUCUCUGAUCACGUUACGUCGUAAAAACAAAAAAGGCAAUGUCUCUGGAAGAGGUGCAUCAUGGGAGCGUUAACGGGGGAUUUGCUAUCCUAACUUCAAAAGCUCAUUUGGAUCAAAAUAAUUCUGGAUGCAGGUGAGAUGUUAGUUUCUCUGUAUCCGGCGCGUCGGGGGAUAAUGAUGCCGCUGCCAGUCCUCCUGCCACUGCAGAGACGUCCUGCACCUUUAAGCGCUGGAGACGACAGGAUGUAGGAUUUGAUAUUUUGCCAAAUCGGUCUCAGAGCCCCAAAAGCAUCGCCAGUAGAAGAUACUGUCUCCAGUGACAUAGUGACAUAGUGACAAAGUGACAUAGUGACAGUGACAUAGUGACACAGUGACAUAGUGACACAGUGACAAAGUGACAUAGUGACAAAGUGACAUAGUGACAGUGACAUAGUGACAUAGUGAUAUAGUGACAUAGUGACAUAGUGACAGUGACAUAGUGACAGUGACAAAGUGACAUAGUGACAGUGACAUAGUGAUAUAGUGACAUAGUGAUAUAGUGACAAAGUGACAUAGUGACACAGUGACAUAGUGACAUAGUGACAUAGUGACAAAGUGACAGUGACAUAGUGAAAGUGACAUAGUGACAGUGACAUAGUGAUAUAGUGACAUAGUGACAAAGUGACAGUGACAUAGUGACAAAGUGACAUAGUGACAUAGUGACAUCGUCUCCAGGUUGUAAAAUACGAGUUCAUAUCAAAACUCCUGAUAACUCCUGAUAACUCCUGAUAACUCCUGCGCGCCCUCAGGCUCGUCUGGAUUUCUACGACAUGUGCCAAGAAUUUAGUGCACAGACAAUAAAAGACAAUGACGCAUUGUUUUCACUAUGAUUAGGUAAACGAGGAUGAGACAAUGGGCCCCUGGGCACCCCCCCCCCCUCUCUCUCUUUCCAAGGCAGCUGAACUACUGUAACUAAAGUUCUGUUGCUGGCUGAACUUCAGUAUCUUCUUCACAAUACAGAUGUAAAAGACAAUAAAAACUCCUAAAUCCAAUCAAUCUUGAUAUUGUCUAUAAAUCCAUUUUAAAUUAAAUGUUGUGACUCUUUGGCUAACAUUAACAGACAUUUACACUUUCAAAUUCUUCUUUAAAAGAGAGAUUACUUGGUAUCAAGUGGGGUAUAUUUUUGGGAACUCUUAGUAUUGAAAUCGUGAUCAUAAUGUUUAUUAGUGAGGCGAUCUGAAUCUGACUGACAACCACACACAAUGAAACACAGUGUGAACAGAGUGUAAAUACAUUUAAUGGUUAUUAAAAGAAAUCCCAAUC